UGGACGAGCGCGAGGCCCGGAUGUCCCUGCAGACGGAGUCGCCCGUCGCCAAAGCGAGGCGCGAACAGGCCCUCCGCAACAUCUUGGCGUCCCGUAGGCGCAAGCAGGCCCUGCGUCGGCGCACCGCCGUCUCCGUCACCUCGGACGCGGUUGCCCGCGGCAGCUCGAGUCGCAGGAAGUCGCACCAGCCGAGGGAGACAGGCUCGAGCGACCUCCUAGAAAUGCAGGAAUCACAAAACGGCCUCUACGUCACCGUGCCCGAGCAGCACUCGAUCAACGACACGCAGGACAUCGUCAUCGAGACCCUCGGCUUGGCCACCACGGCCACUAGUAGUAGUAGUAACGGUGGAAGGCGCAGCGGCACAAUGUCGAUCUCAUCGAAGCCGUACAGGAACAACGCCUCGAUGGAGCACCGUGUCAAGAAGAUCGUGUCGAUGCCCGCCUCCUUGUACAAUCACUUCAGGCCCGUCGAGAGCAACAUCCCCAUCGAGGACAUGUCCCAGUUUUUGUAUUUCGGCCAGAAGCUCCGAGGAACCGGCAUGGCCAAGGACACUUCAUCGAUGAGUCCAGCAUCAAAAAAGCUUCUUCUAGCCGGCCUUGAGGAUAUGCUCGAUGACGAUAUGAACAGCGUUGACAAUCUACGUAUGACAGCGUCCACGAAGAUACGAAAAACAAGUUUGCGAGAGCAGACGACGAGGCCGGUAUGCCCUGACAAGAUAACGGAGGCUCGUCGUAACAGCAUCAAUGGCACCGAGGCCCAAAAGAACCAGGGCACCGAAACUUCUCUUGGUCUACGCAUAAUCGUUACCGAGGCACCCAUAAGACCAAUAAGCACAAUGGCCGAUACUUUAAUGUACUUUGUGGGGAAUAGAAGGAAUACUACGCAGGCUAAUUCAAUGGCAUUGAUAACGACGUCGUCGAUGAUAACAACACCGGCAAUGGCAGCAACGUCCGCGAUAACGACAACGACAACGCCGAUGACCCCGUACGACUACGACUACGCCGUCAAUACCGUUGAUGAAAGUAACAACGAUGACGACGUCGAGGAGAUCGUCGACAACAACUACAGAAGCAGCAACAACGGAAGAGGUAACGCCAGAAUCUACCGAGGUAUGUUAAGUUAA